AUGAUUCUGGAGAAACUGUCCAAGAGACGGCAAGGAGAACAUGCCGUCUCUUGGACAGUUUGGAGAACAGAAGGGGACCAAGAAUGGAGCCCUGAGGGACUUCUACUGCCAGAUUCUACUGCAGGUGAACUUUCCAAGGCGUUCAUGUUUCUGUCUGAGUUCCUUGUUUGAAAGCUCCACUUGCAUCGGUCUUUGAGUGUGCAUGGUGAACGAUAGACACUGAUAGUGUAAGUAUAGUACAAGCAGUAUGUAAGUGCUUGUUUGAAAGAAUUCUGCUAAAUUCAUCUAUAUUAAAUCUCAUCAAGCAUCACAAUCCUGAUGAAGCAGAGUAAGUUUUUGAGUCUUAAAAAACACAUUUGAUUGUUGAGUAAUUUAUUUAGGAAAAGUCAAGUUGACUAGAGCUGCUCAGUGAGAACAUUACUUUAUUUGUCCACCACUGAUUACUCACUCAGGCUCUACAGCACUUUUCGAAGGAGUUGACUGUUUUGUUUAUGAUGGCUUUUUGUAAAUUUCUUGUGUAAAUCUUUAUAUAAGUCAAGGAAAGUAUGCAAUGUAGUAGGGAAAAAUACGACAACACCUGCGUCCUGUUGGUCAUGUUGGGACUGAACAUAAAAACAUGACAGUGAGAAAGUGAUGCUGAUAGAUGAUCACUUGAUAAUCAGACUGAAAUGACAUUUUGAUUCACUUCCUUCUCUAUGAAUUGCUGAAGGAAACAGAGAUGUGUGUGGUAUACCAGAGGUAAGAUGUACAGCCUUAGUAUCCUGACUGUAUCCUGUAAGGCAGGGGCUCAGGUUUGGAAUGUCCUUUAGUCCAUCAUUCAUUUUUUUUACAACUACCAUCUCAUUCUCCACUUGUUGAUUUAAGAGGGAACAUCAUUGUAUCCAGAUGGCCAAUCGCUUGUAAGACAGCUGAUUGGGAAACUAUCCAUGGCAUUCCUCUCUAUAAAUAAUGACUUGGAAGCCCUCAGCUCUGCUGGACCAGCUGCUUAACACAGAGGGGUUUAUGCUACCGUGGCGGCUCCUCCAUAGGAAGCAUUGUUGUCACUACGGCAAAGACAAUAGUAAAGAGAACAAAAGACUGUAUGUGUGUGCGACAGAGAAUGAGAGCGUAAGUCUCCAGGUUAAUUCAGCAGCAAGGCGGCAAAAAACUGAAAAAGAAUGGCAAAACAAAAACUUCCAAAGACAGCUGAGAAGAAGCCAGUGCAAGAACAGAAACCUGUGGAAGCAGCACAAGAGACACCACCAGAGCCUGGAACAGAGAUAACUUCUAAAGAAGAACAGGUUUCAGAAGCCAGUGGUGAACCACCAGCAGCCGCCCCUGCAGAGGCAGCUCCCAGCGGGGAGGAGGGAUCUCAAGCUGAGAAUGAGAUACCACCAGCAGAAACUGGCCCUCCGGCGGAGGAGACCCCUGUGGAGCCCGUUCCUGCAGCUGAACCAGAGCCAGAGUCCCAGCCUGUUGGUAACUAUCUUGAGAUAAUUUUAAGCCAAUAAUCCGCAGCUGCGACUUCUGACACAAGAAAACCUUGACCUCUGACUGGUGCUCCCAUCAUUUUCUCACUUUGUAUACUCAGACUGUGUGCUUUGACACAUAGUCCUGGUCACAACUGAAGUUCAACAUCUUUCAGUCUGUCCUCAUGUUGUCAACAGGUUGUUGCAAGAAAAUAAAAAAUAUAUGGUUGACUAAA